UCUCCUGUAUUUCCAGCCACCACUGGUCCAAGCAAUCUUCAGCGGUGAUCCAGAGGAGAUUCGAAUGCUCAUCCACAAAACGGAAGAUGUAAAUGCUCUGGAUUCUGAGAAGAGAACCCCACUUCAUGUGGCUGCAUUUCUGGGAGAUGCAGAGAUCAUUGAACUCCUGAUUCUGUCAGGAGCUCGCGUAAAUGCCAAGGACAAUAUGUGGCUGACCCCAUUACACAGAGCUGUCGCCUCCAGAAGUGAAGAAGCAGUGCAAGUAUUGAUUAAGCAUUCAGCUGAUGUCAAUGCAAGGGACAAGAACUGGCAGACACCCCUGCACGUGGCAGCAGCCAAUAAGGCUGUCAAGUGUGCAGAAGUGAUCAUUCCCCUGCUGAGCAGUGUCAAUGUCUCCGACCGAGGGGGGCGCACAGCCUUGCAUCAUGCUGCUCUGAAUGGCCACGUGGAGAUGGUCAAUUUACUCUUGGCCAAAGGAGCAAACAUCAAUGCAUUUGACAAGAAGGACCGGCGUGCUCUUCACUGGGCAGCGUAUAUGGGCCACCUGGAUGUCGUGGCGCUGCUCAUCAACCAUGGCGCAGAAGUGACAUGUAAGGAUAAGAAGGGUUACACCCCCCUGCACGCCGCAGCCUCCAACGGACAGAUCAAUGUUGUUAAGCACCUCCUGAAUCUGGGGGUGGAGAUCGAUGAAAUCAAUGUCUAUGGGAACACAGCGCUUCACCUUGCCUGCUACAACGGGCAGGAUGCUGUAGUUAAUGAGCUGACUGACUACGGUGCUAACGUGAACCAGCCCAACAACAGCGGGUUCACCCCUUUGCAUUUUGCUGCGGCCUCCACACAUGGUGCUCUAUGUCUUGAGUUGUUAGUCAACAACGGAGCAGAUGUUAACAUCCAGAGUAAAGAUGGCAAAAGUCCAUUGCACAUGACAGCCGUCCAUGGGCGUUUCACGCGGUCACAGACCCUCAUUCAGAACGGAGGUGAAAUUGACUGUGUGGAUAAAGAUGGCAACACCCCCCUCCAUGUGGCUGCAAGAUACGGUCAUGAGCUUUUGAUUAACACCUUAAUAACCAGCGGAGCAGACACGGCCAAGUGUGGAAUCCAUAGCAUGUUCCCCUUACAUUUAGCUGCCCUAAAUGCUCACUCUGACUGCUGCAGAAAGUUGUUAUCAUCGGGCUUUGAAAUAGACACCCCAGAUAAGUUUGGAAGAACGUGCCUUCAUGCUGCUGCUGCAGGCGGUAAUGUGGAAUGUAUAAAACUCUUGCAGAGCAGUGGAGCAGAUUUCCAUAAAAAGGACCAAUGUGGGAGGACCCCUCUGCACUAUGCAGCUGCAAAUUGUCACUUCCACUGUAUUGAGACAUUAGUAACCACAGGGGCCAGUGUUAAUGAAACAGAUGACUGGGGUCGGACAGCCUUGCACUAUGCUGCUGCGUCAGACAUGGACAGAAAUAAGACUAUCUUAGGAAAUGCUCAUGAAAAUUCAGAAGAACUUGAAAGAGUCAGAGAGCAGAAGGAAAAGGAGGCUGCACUAUGCCUAGAGUUUCUGCUUCAAAAUGAUGCAAAUCCAUCUAUCCGGGACAAAGAGGGUUACAAUAGCAUACAUUAUGCUGCUGCCUAUGGCCACAGACAGUGUCUGGAAUUGCUUUUGGAAAGAACCAGCAGUGGUUUUGAAGAUUCAGAUUCCGGUGCUACCAAGAGUCCCCUCCACUUAGCUGCCUACAACGGGCACCACCAAGCCUUGGAAGUUCUGCUGCAGUCUCUGGUGGACCUGGAUAUCAGGGAUGAGAAAGGCCGCACUGCUCUGGACCUGGCUGCCUUUAAGGGACACACAGAAUGUGUGGAAGCACUUGUCAACCAGGGUGCAUCCAUCUUUGUAAAAGACAACGUAACCAAAAGAACCCCACUUCAUGCCUCAGUAAUUAAUGGUCACACACUGUGUCUGCGGUUAUUGCUAGAAAUUGCAGACAACCCAGAAGCGGUUGAUGUGAAAGAUGCCAAAGGACAAACCCCACUGAUGCUUGCUGUAGCAUAUGGGCACAUUGAUGCUGUCUCGUUGUUACUGGAAAAGGAAGCCAAUGUGGAUGCUGUUGACAUCAUGGGAUGCACGGCUUUACAUAGAGGGAUUAUAACGGGACACGAGGAAUGUGUGCAAAUGCUGCUGGAGCAAGAAGUGUCAAUUCUCUGUAAAGACGCUAGAGGGAGGACACCCUUGCACUAUGCUGCUGCUCGUGGCCACGCCACCUGGCUGAGUGAGCUACUCCAGAUGGCACUUUCUGAGGAGGACUGUUCUUUCAAGGAUAAUCAAGGCUACACGCCGUUGCACUGGGCUUGUUACAAUGGUAAUGAAAACUGUAUAGAGGUACUUUUGGAGCAAAAAUGUUUUCGCAAAUUUGUCGGUAAUCCUUUUACUCCACUGCACUGUGCAAUAAUAAAUGACCAUGAGAAUUGUGCAUCAUUGCUACUUGGGGCCAUAGAUUCCAGUAUUGUCAAUUGUAGAGAUGACAAAGGCAGGACACCGCUUCACGCAGCAGCAUUUGCUGACCGCGUGGAGUGCUUGCAGCUUCUCCUGAGACACAGUGCUGAAGUGAACGCAGCAGACAACUCAGGGAAAACGCCGCUGAUGAUGGCUGCUGAGAACGGGCAGGCCAGCGCUGUGGAUAUUUUGGUGAACAGUGCCCAGGCUGAUCUGACUGUAAAGGAUAAGGAUUUGAACACACCCUUACAUUUGGCUAGCAGUAAAGGUCAUGAAAAAUGUGCCUUGUUAAUACUUGACAAGAUACAAGAUGAGAGCCUUAUUAAUGCAAAAAAUAAUGCACUGCAGACGCCUCUCCAUAUUGCUGCACGCAAUGGCUUAAAGGCUGUAGUUGAGGAGUUACUGGCCAAAGGGGCCUCUGUACUCGCUGUGGAUGAGAACGGUAUUGGAAUUAGCAGCUCAUACCUAUUUCUGAGAAGUCAUACCCCGGCCCUGGCUUGUGCUCCUAACAAAGACGUGGCUGACUGCCUGGCCCUCAUUUUGGCUACCAUGAUGCCUUUUUCUCCUUCCAAUACAAUGACGGCUGUCAACUUCAUUUGUUUAAAAAAAGACAAUUUGAGCAGGACAACCCUCUCCAAUCUGGGUAGCAUGGUUAGCCUGUGUGGUAACAACGCAGGCUCGGAGGACGGGUACAAUGAAAAUGAUUCUGAUUCGGAAACCUUUUGACUUUGGAUUAUAAAAGCUUUUCCUUGGUCACCCAUGUUGGAGGAAGGGAAAGAAGCUUGAAUUUCAGGUUUAUGCUGUGUUCAAGUAGUACUGUGGGCUCGAGCUUCCAGAAGCCAAUACAAAAUAAUCAGAAAGGGCAGCUAGGCUAGAGCUUUUACACGGGUGGGCCCCGAUUGUCCCCCUGUUUUCUUUAGAUAUAAAUUACUGCUCCAAAUGUCUACCUCUCAUUUAAGUAAAAAAUAUUAAAAAUUCUUAUUCUUUAGGGAUAAAAGAAACUGAGAGGGAGCUGUCCUUUAUAAAGAUCCUUUUUCGUGUACUCACUCAACAAUGAGUUCUCAGAAGUCUAUCAAUGUGUCAUUCAAAUCCCCAGAAGCGGAGGGGAAGGGUGGCUAGAAAAUACUUCAGACCUCUUCUCGCUUUGAUGUUUAUUUCCUUAAUAGGAGCCAAAGGAAAAGGUGUUCAUCUUCAGAAAUAAUGCCGGUAAUAAUCUUUAUAAGGGAGCCCAAUCAUCGUAGCCUUUAUAUAGUGAGCCGUUAAAUAUCCAGAAAUUCUUUUGGAGGACUUCUCCUAAAAUUGCCAGAUAAAUGGGAAAAGUCGCUGAAAUUCUAAAGUUAAACUUGCUUUUUUAAACUUAAUCAAGUAUGGUACCCAGUGCUCCCCUAGAUAAGCCUGUGACUAAUAUCAAUUGAGUGGAUUGGACCCAAGUCUAUCUAAUAACAUAUCAGGUAAAAACAAUGCUGUACCAAAACUUGGAGACAUGUGCAAAUUUAUUAUGAAAUUACCCUUUAUUGAUUAGACUUUAAAUAAAAUAUUUUUUAAAACAUCAGGACCAUCAGCAUUGUUCAUUAGUAGUAAAAUAUAAAAUGAACUUCUCAAUCAAGGUCAUGCCAAAUGACAAAGUAUGACUGCAAAAAAAGAACACAGGAAGUAAAAAUUGGUGAGGUGGAAAUUAAAGUUGAUUGAUAAUUGCUUGAUGAUGAAAUCAACGUAGUGAAUACUGUGUCUGCUCCCUCUGCCAAAGCUUCUAGGUCAAAUGGACCCUGUUCCACCCAUGGAAUAGCUGUACAAAAAGAAGAAUGAGACUCUUUAAAAGUUAUGCACACACAUACACACAUAUAUGUGGAUAUCUAUGUCUGUAGUUCAUCAACCAGCUACACACGAGGACCAAAAUGCUUCAGUCUAAAAAUGGAAGAUUUAAAUUGCUUUCCUUCAAAAUGAAAGUGAACUGAAGUAACUUUUCUAUGGCGUUAAGAUGUAAUCUCUUUGUGUACCAGUCUUUGUUGUAUUUUAUAUUUCUUAUGACACAGAUUUCUAGUUGAUAGCUUAACAUUUGUAAUCGAUAGUGUGUUGACCAAGGUUUAUUUUUUUUCCCAAACUAGAGAAAAUGUUCAUAAUAAUUUUGAUGUGUAAAUGUGUUUAUAUUUAUUGGAGAUGAAACAAAGGCUGAGGAAACAUCCAUUGUUUGUUCUCUGUUUUAAUUGCUACGUGUCUUAUUUGGAAUAACAAAAAACUGCAUAGCACCCUUUCUGGGGUAGCCAGCAGUUCUGGGGCCAAGACCAGCGUUUCCACUGCUAAGGUUUGCAGCCAACCCUCAGGUUCUUCCGUGUGUCAAUUGGAGAGGGCUGCAAUGUCGGCUCUCAGUCCUGGACUAAUGAGUUGAAAGCUUAGAAGACACUGCAGUCCUUACAUGCCGCACCAUAAAAGCUGAAGUGCAUAGAAGAUCAUGUGUACCCAAAGAAAGAAACAGAAAUCAUCCAAAAUACACUGAAAAUCUCACAUGGUCUCAGUAACCUAGUGGGAAACUAUGUCAAUGUGUGGGCACAUAUGCCAAAAAGGGAAAUAAAAAUCACCAGCUCAAUUCUGUUUUCCACUUGAGAAAGAGACAGGAAAGAAACAUGUUGCAUUGGUGUAAUACUCUCUGAUACUUUGUAAUUGGUUCCAUUUUCAACUGGGGAAGUUUCUAUUUUAUAGUGUAUGUGAGCUAUUUUUAAAACAGUGUUCUAUCAUAUCUGAUUCAAAUACAGAUACUGUGUUGUAUUUUUUAACUGUAAAAUAUUUUAAUCUUUCUCUUAAUAUCCUGGAUUUAAUUAAAAACUCACGUCAAGUUCUUCAUAAAUGAGAAUGUGUUCAAAAGACUGAGAGUUGGUAUUAAUUUCUCUGAGGAUUUUCAACAACACCAUUUUCUUUUGAUUUUUAGUGUUUUGUUCCCCUUCUUCCCCUACCCUUUUUGUUUGUUUAGGGUUUUUUUUUCCAGUAGAUAAAUUGCUAAUAAGCAAUAAUGUCCUUAUCUUUACCAAAACACCAAAAAUAAGGGAGAUCAUUGCUGAAGAAGCACAACAUACUGCGGUGUCUUUUUCCAGAAGUGAAUGGAAAUCUUGCUCAAAGCAGGAAAUGCAAUGCCUGCUUUGAUGGUGAAGCAGCAAUAAUGGUUUUACUCUGGAGUAACACAGAAAACAAGGAGCAAAGCAGUGACAACCAUGUGAUCUUUUCUUCAUGGAACUUCAUUUUGUUUCCACCCCCACCCCAACUCUCCUACUGAUUGAAGACAUACAAAAUGAAAUUCUGAUCACUAUGCACUGUUUUCACUCCACCCUUUUUUGCCCUCCCACUUACCAAAACCAAAUUUCCUCUUUAAAAAAAUGACUUAAAACUAGGAGUUCUGUGUCUUUUUUUUUUAUCUCAGAAACAAAAUUAGACUUGCAGCAUAGUUUUCAAGGAAAAAAACAGCUUUGUUUUAAAUUGAGAAUUAGUUGUUUUGUGCUUUCACCUGAAUGUGUUAUUUUUAGACUGUAUUUUCAUCACAGCCACAGGGAUCGUGUUUCGUUGUACUGACCUACUUGCCAGUGUCUGCCUAUCCUUGGUAAAACAUACUACUCUCUCCAAAUUGCCUAAAACCUGCUAUGAUUCUACAGUAAAUAGCUCAGGGGAUUUCUAUUUAUCACUACUAAAAGGGCACCAUAGUAUGUUUUGGUACUUUAGGCAGUAAACAACUGCUUGAUUUAUUGUUUUAUUAUUAAAUUAGAAAAAGAACAUCAAAUGGAUUUGCUGCACUAGCUCCUCUGUACUGUUGAGCAACUUGAUUUGCUUAUCUGUUGCAUUGGUUAAAAAACUCAUCCCUUUUUGUCUUGUAAUAUCAAGUUAGAGUGCCUUUUUAUAUUUGUACAUUCUGAAAAUGUUCUGUGAAAUGUUUUGUAUUUUUUUCAUUUGAGUGUUAUCAGAGCAAUAUACCAGUGAGUUUUCAUUUCAACCUUUCUUUGAAUGUAUAAAGUUCUUUAUUCCUAAUUCCCCUUGACCUGCUUUGAAAUGAAAAUGCUGAAGUUUUUAUAGGAAUUAUAUUUGAUUUUGCAGUGCUAAAAUGCUUUCUUCUUACAAAACUGUAAACCAUAGAUCAGUGUUAUAGAGGAAAAGCAUUUUAAGAUAGUGACAAUCGGAGUGUGUAUAAAAUGUAAUUCUAUGGUUUUCUUAUGCAGUGAUCUAAAAAUUCAAUGCAAAUAUCUUUUGUUUGGUAGUUUUGUCUACAUAUUUUAUGCUUUAGCAUGUGCAAUAUAUCUUUGCAAUGCACGAUGAUACAAAUCUGGUGCCAGUGUUAUAUUUUGCAUAACAUAUUUGUAACAGCAUAAAAUAUUGUUUGAUGAUUUUAGUGGGGUUUUGUCUGUAAUGUUUUCUUAUGUAAAUUGGAGUUCAAUGACUGGUAAAUGUCAUGACUGUAAAAAUGAGGAAAAUGACUUUUAGUUCAAUGAAUGACUUUGAACCAAUCUGAAUCUACUCAAGCACAGUUUAAUACUUUUUCAACUACUGAAUGCUAAUAAUAUAAUGGAAGUACUUAACUGUAAUAUAAUAUGGAAAUGCAUUCAGAUGGUUAUUUUUACAAAU